CAGAUAUAAUGAAUGCAGGGUCCUGGGAGACCAGAUAUAGUGAAUGCAGGGUCCUGGGAGACCAGAUAUAGUGAACGCAGGGUCCGGGGAGACAGGAUAUGGUGAAUGCAGGGUCCGGGGAGAGCAGAUAUAAUGAAUGCAGGGUCCGGGGAGACCAGAUAUAGUGAAUGCAGGGGUCCGGGGAGACCAGAUAUAGUGAAUGCGGGGUCCUGGGAGACCAGAUAUAGUAAAUGCAGGGUCCUGGGAGACCAGAUAUAGUGAAUGCGGGGCCCUGGGAGACCAGAUAUAGUGAAUGCAGGGUCCUGGGAGAUCAGAUAUAAUGAAUGCGGGGUCCUGGGAGA